AUUCUAGUAUUGACAUUGCCAACUUUGAUUUUAUUUUAAGAGGGUUACAAAAAAAUAAACCAAAAUUAAGGAUUUGAAUUUCUGAAAAAUGUAGUUGUUCUCAAAGCUCGCCCUACUGUCAAAUAUUGAUUACAUAAAUUACGUUUAGUGCGGGAAUCCGGGUGUUGUGAUUGAUUUUAGAAAUUUUAAUAGGUAUUGAAAUUUAUCGUUUUCACGAAUUUGGCAUUGUGUUACUUUGAUCGUAUGCAAAUGACUUAGUUUUUUUUGAGUGAACUAUCCAUCGAUUUGUUUUGGACUAUCACGGGAUAAUGGCAAUGAGAUGAGAAGAUAUGAAAUCUCAGAAUAACGUGGAGACCAAAGUUUCAAUAAUACCUACGCAUGGAAUAUAAUAUAAAUUUAUACAUGUUUUGUGGUUUGAGUUAACAGCAUGCAGCAGAGGGGCUCAAACACAAGCAUGGAUUCUGAGGAAACGGACAAUUCAUCGUCCGCACCUCCCUCCAGAAGCAGAAAUAACUCUAAAUUAAAAGUUCUAGUUAGAAGCCAUGCCAUGCGUGAAGAAACUUCACCGCCCAGAGAUCCUAGUCCGAAUACCAAUUACCAUACUCAUCCUCAACAACACCCUAACUAUCAUCAACAAUCCCGCCUGUCUCCUUGUAUCACCCUCAUCCCUUCUCCGGAAGUGUCGUCUUCCCCUCUCGUCGUCCUGAGUCCAUCUGUGCACUCCGCAAGCCCUCUCUGCAAGUCUCCUCAGUGCCUCUCUCCUACCACCACUCUAGUACCUUCACCGACACAUAUUUCGAGGAGUACGCCUAACCUCAGUGCUUCCUUCGAAAUCGUUUCCCCGAUCGAUAAUCUACAAACGGACCAUCAGCAGGAUGGCCCCAAUAGUGGAUUUAUGACAUCUAGUCCGAAUUUCGCAAAUAAAACGAAUUCGUCAAAACAAGCUAGUCAUAGUUAUAGGAAAAAAACCGUGUGUGAUUGCCAAACCCAGAACUGCCUAAAAUGUAUGAAGAACCAACACGAACAGAAUAUAAACAAUAAUCCGACCAAUAUGAAUAACGUCAAUAUAAGCGGAAGUCCCAACACAUUAUCGGUGUCGAGAGCCAAUUCCAGGAGUAAACUUAGACAGCAGAGCUCGUCUUUAGGCAGUUUCGAAAGUUGUCUAAAUUCGCCGUGCUUAUCUAGAGAUAGCAGUUCUGAGCUGUAUACUGAUACAACUGGUGUAGAUCUAGAAUUGUUCAUUCCCGAGACAUUAAAUAGAAAUGCAAAAGACAGAGCACUAAUGCUUCGUAUAGAACAGGAACUAGUCAAUCUUGCCAAAGAUAACACAAAAACGCAUUAUAAAUUCCCGCCCAUGUCAUCGUACCAGAGAAUGUUAGUUCACAGAUGCGCCGCCUACUUCGGUAUGGACCACAAUAUCGAACCUACAGGGAAAUGUGUAGUAGUAAACAAAACAAAAAAUACUAGGAUACCUGAUGUAGAAUUUAAAGAGCACAUAAAAGAAGACAUAAUUUUUAGUGAAGAACCCAGAAGAUCCAUUUUAAAAAGGGAUUCAAAUAGUAUAGACGAUUAUAGCUUUAAAUCACCAGAUAGAUCUUUUGGAUCUGAGAGUCGAAGGAGUAAAAGUUUUGAAGAAAGAGAGGAGGAAUACGAAAAGGCUAGAAGAAGAAUUUUUAAUAGAGAGUUUCGAGAUGAAUCAUCAGAAGAUUUUGGCUGGCCCGAAAUGCCCUGGUCGAGUACCGAAAGUGACUAUUCCUCCAGAUACCGAUUGCAGACUCCAGAAAUGCAUCAUCGGCAUAUAGGAAAACUUAUUAAGGGACAUUCUGAAGAUCCAGCUGAGGCUUUAAGGCCGUGCGUUGCAAAAAGUUACAGUUUUGGAGGUUACGGUGGUAACGUUUCAGUUCUAAGUAGGGGAGAUAGUGUCAUGUCUACGCAUAGUGCUGGUCCGAGACUUCUCACAAAACAAGAUUCAGGAGCUAGCUCAGUAUCAUGGCGCUUGAGUCCCUCUAGUUCGGGUUACAAAUCACAAUCGCAGAUGUCCGAAUCCGUGACUCCUUCACCAACUUCCACACCGCACCCUAAGGAGGACAACCAAUAUACAAAUGAAAACGAAGAAAUAGAAAACGACGGGAAAUGUGGGGACAACCAAAUAGUUUGGGCUGUUACCGAUAUCCAGAACGUACCUAAAGGCAGUUUGAUUAUUAAUCCACAGACUGGUCAACCAUUGAAAAACGAAGAUGGUACUCUAUAUCAUUACGACCCAAAUAAUGUACUGCCAGAAAUAAUGCACUCGCCAACUAAGACUCAACAUCCGACAUCUCCACCUAAGUCUCCUCAAAAAUCGAAAAAACCUCAUGUCAAUUCUUUAAAAUCCUCUCCAACUCGACAAUCUCAAAUUACGCACAGCGCUACAAGUCCGAUUUUGCCUUUUCCGUCACCUACGAACGGAACAACUGUACCUCAAAUACCGCAAAAGAGUUAUUCUUUUAGUCAACCAGAUCAGCCCGCGCCUCAGUAUGCUACUUUUACAACACCACCCGCAGCAGAUCCGGGCCCCGUUUAUCAGCAACCUUGUGUAGUUUAUUCUGCGCCGUAUGGUGUAUACAUGUCUCAGCAGUACGAUAAUAGAUUGGAUGUACCUGCAAACGUAACCGUCCCUGAAAUUCCUAACACAUAUUACUUACCGGAAAAUUCAGGACCUCCUCCACAGGUCGCUUACCAACCUGCCCCGUAUUGGAAUCAGCCUAUAGCCUAUUAUCAAAACAGUAAUCAACCUCAAACUGCUACACCACCGAGAUAUUCGACAGUACCGGUGCAAUCAACAAAUCAAGCAGCCUACCUACCAACACCUUACCCUCCAAACUUCAUAACUCCCACCCAACCAAUCCAGAACCCACCCGAACUCCAACCAGUGUAUCCCAACCAACCGAUGGUGGUGUAUCAAAACCAACCAGCUCCAGGUACCUAUUAUCCUCAUUACCCUAAUCAACCUCAAUUAAUAUAUAGUCAAAAUCCCGUUUAUUCCUCUCAACCAUAUUCACCUCAAUUGGGAACUCAGGUUGCCUCGCAGCCAGCACCCGGAAUACAGAACUACCCCCACGGUACCGCCAUGCUUAAUAGCUGCAGUUCGAGCGCUACUCCGAGCGGGCACGAUUCUCAGACGCUGUUUAAUUUGGCGCAAAGCAUACAGCAGAUGAAUUUGGGAGGUGCUGUUCCUUGUCAAACGACUUUUAUGAAUAACAAAGGUCCUCCGUUGCAAUACGAUUUCCGACAAAGACAGGCCACCAACAGCAAUUUUAAAGGCAAACAAUUCAAGUGCUUUUUGAUGGGAUCCAGUCAAAGUAGUACAGGAACGAAUUCACCUGCCGCCACUGUGAUAGCCGGCUAUUGUCCGCAAAAUUCUGGAAUUUACAGAACGCCUCCGGAAACGCCUCCAGCACAAUUUGCGUUUCAGCCGAAUUUCAAUUCGCCUAUUAUAAUUAAACAGGCGCCCAAUAUAAGAGCAACUACUCCUGGAACAGGGAAAAGUAGCCGUUCUCCUACCCCAGCUAGUGAUGUUACUUAUUUCGAUCGACAAAAGAUGUCAUUGCCGGCAAAUGUGUACCAAAGCAUACCUUACAUGGUGCCAUCUCCGGAUCCUAGACUUGUUUCUGGUAGAGGCCAACCUAACGUUUACCGACAACAAAGCAUGCAAAUGAACAGGCCUUCGAGUCAAGCACCUGAAAAUCGAUCUAGUAAUAAAAAUCGGAAGACAAAGACCAAUAGACAACAAAGUGGUUUGCCGCCCAAUGGAAAAUAGGUUUAAGAGAGGUUUUUUAAUACAAAAGUUAACGAUAUAAUAUAAAAGAUAUAUUUGUGAAAAAAAUAAAAACGUGUUAAUAUUAUCUAAUUUAUUGUUUGCAUAGUUUUUAGGCUAUUGUUUGUUGAGGUAAGGAGUUCCUUAAUUCCUUUGUUAGGUGCUAUUAUUAUUAAAAUUCGUUUUAUUGAUGCCAAGAUCCUUUUUCUGCGGUUUUCCAUUUUUAAUAAAUAUUCCUUAAUUUCGAC